UCGAUCCUUUGAACGAGAAAUUGAACCCUUUGUGUUUAUUUGAAUUGCGUUCGUAUUCCAGAUUCGAUUUCGGGCGGCAAUUUAAGUGAAAACAAUAGUUUUAAUUUGUUGAUCUAUUUAUCAUCAAUUUUAAAGUUCUGUGUGUCGUGCAGGUGCAUAGAAAAAGGACUAUGGAAGAAAUUUUGGGCCCGUCAAUAAUGAAACUCAUUAGAAGAAAUGGAUUCGAAUUGACUCUUACUGAGUCCAGAAACGAAUCCAAUCAAAGUGGCCAUUUUUCCACAGCAAUAGAUCCCGCCGGAAAUUCUGGAAGAUCUUUAGAUCUUUCUCCAGCCGGAUCUCCUUCGGCUGAACCAUUUAGCCCUGGAAUAAAGAAGAGUGGAUACCAUUCGACUCCUAGGAGUCGAUCUCCUGGAUAUAAUUCAGAAGAUACCACUAAUGAUGUGUUUUUCGGGGGCACUGGGUCGUCCUCUGCUGGACCGUCUACUGCUAGGAAGUCUACCGCAAUUGCGGGGCCGUCAACUUCCGGCUCAUCUGCUGCUGGAGCGUCCAUUGCUGGACCGUCUAUCUCUGUGCCGUACAACACUAGAGCGUCUAGCACUGAGUCGUCCAGCGCCAGGCCGUCUUCCGCUGGAUCUACCACCCCCGGUUAUUUUUCCACCGAACCAACAGUUCCGGUUACAACUGAGCCUGAUCAAGGAAAUGAAGAAGUGGACAUACAACCGGUGCUAGAGAGUAAUUCAAAAUUCAGGCCAAAUUUCUACAAAUUUUUGGCUCGAGGAAUUGUCCCGAAUCAUACCAUCAACCUAGAAAUGGUACGAGUUUUGUGUGACCAUUACUCCACCUCUAGGAUUAUGGUUGGGAAAUGACCUACGAGCGUGCGUAAUUUCAAUUAGAAAAAUGGGUGCCAGGGGCUGUAAGAGAAGCUCACUAGAUACAGAUCUACCCAUAGAUGUCAUCUAAGCUGCACCCCUUGUAAGAUGGGUGGAUCCCUUAAAUUUGACCGAGCACAAACAAAAGUCUUACGAACCACAUAUUAUAUGUCUAGGUGUUGUCUGACUGAUUUUUAAAACUAAAAUCUAUUUAACAUUCACAAC